AUGUUCCGCAUGCAGCAAGGACCCCCGGCCCCGCCGCCAAUCAACACCCGUUUCGCCAUCCUCAACUCCAUCUACAACGACCCGUUUAAUUGGUCCGCCUUCAAGGGCGUCAUCGGAUUCGGCGUCGGCGUGUACAUCGCGCGACAAAUGUCCGGCCCACCAACGCUAAGUGCCGGCGUGGCGAUGGAGGAGCUGUUUGCGGAUCCGUUUCGCAAAAAGAAGGAGCGCAGCGCGCGGGUCGAGGAGGCGUUGAAGAAUUUUGAGUACAAGCCGUCCGCGUACUGCACGAUGAUCGAUCAGAUGAUUGGAUCAAAAACGCGCCCCUGGGACACUGAAAGAAUCCCGAUUCGACCAAAACAGAUGCUCACCCUGCCCGAGAUGACGAAAGAAGAAAAGUUUAUGUCAAGGCUGAUGGAGAACUGCGCGGUGAAGGCCGGCAUCUCUGGUGUCCUCGGUUACGGAGUGGGUAUCGCCUUUGGACUCUUCACCGCCUCCGUUGAUCCACAACUCUCCAUGGUCGGCGGCGAUCCGACAAAACAGUUGAGCCUCAAAGAAACGUGGAGAGAGAUGAGUUCGCGGAUGAAGUCGUACGGAAAGAACUUUGGAUCUAUUGGUCUACUGUUCGCAGGUACGGAAUGCAUACUGGAGACGGCACGAGCGAAAACAGAUUGGCGGAAUGGGACGUACGCGGGCGGGGUUGUCGGCGCGUUACUCGGCUACCGGGCAGGCAUAAAACCCGCGCUUUUCGGCGCCGCCGGAUUUGCCGCCUUCAGCACUGUCAUCGACUACUGGAUGGGCCGACAU